UAUCAUUAAUGACAACUGUCCAAGAAGAUUAAAUACAAAAACAAAAAAGAGAACUACAUCAGAGAUAUUUCUUGUUCACCGCUUCUUUCGUUUGAAAACAAAAGAAGAAGGAUCUUAUUUUCAUAAUAUAAAAUAUGUUUACUAUAUAAUAUAUAAUUGAUUGAAAGAUAUGCAGUCAAAUAAUUCUAUUGUUGUUUUUUUAAAUAUAAUUGACAUGUGUAUGUACAUAUUGGUUAUCAUUUAAACUUAUUUGUAAACGAUAGAAUGGUGGACGAACAACUGAAUCAUGAUGCAUUGAAUGAACAUAAUCGAUUACGUGCAUUACAUGGAUGUCCUCCACUGAAAUAUGAUUCAAGACUUGCUAGAGAAGCACAAGCUUGGGCUGAUAAUCUUGCACGUAUGAAAAUUAUGAAACAUAGUAUAUGUGAUGAAUAUGGUGAAAAUUUGGCAACAUCACAAUCUACUGGGAAAGCGGAAUUGACCGGGGCUCGAGCAACACAAAACUGGUACAAUGAAAUUCAUGAUCACAAUUUUGAUAAACAGUUUCAAAGUCAAACAGGUCAUUUUACGCAGGUUAUUUGGAAGAAUACAUCAAAAGCAGGAUUUGGCAUUCAAUAUUCAAAUGAUGGACAUCAUGUCUUUGUAGUAGGACGUUAUGAACCAGCUGGGAAUGUAUAUGGUGAAUUUCAAGAAAAUAUACCUCGACCUAUCCAUGGACAGUCAACUCCUAAAUCCAAAGAAUUUUCUUACCAACAUGAUGAACCAAAUGGUCCAAGAAGAACCUGUCGAGAUGAAAUAGUUAUUGUUCGAGAGACAGAUAGAAGAGACAACAAUGGUUCAAAUCAUAUUACAAUGGUAGAUAGUUCUAAACGAAACUGGCCAAAUGGAACGACGCCAAAUAGUAACAAUGAAAGUACAAUUCGAACAGAGAAGAAGAGCCAACGAAAAUGUGCGAAGAGGUGCAGUAUUAUUUAGUUAGCAAUUGGUUUUAAUAUACGACCAAAAAAGUGAUAAUAAUUAUAAUUUGUUAUAUGUUAAUAUAGACUAACUCAUAACUUUACAUGGAUUACAGUGUCAAUGUUUCGAAAGAUUUAUUCGACAAAAAAAUUGACAAGAUAAUCUUUUACAAUGACUGUACUAAAUGAUAAAAAGGAGCAGUCAAAGUUUUGUUUCAUUAAAGUGAUUUUUUCAGGCAGUUAAAAAUGGAAUUAAGGAUUUUAAAUGUGAUUUGCAUUUCUUAACUUCAUUUUUCUCCUGUCUGCUUUUUGUAUAUUAUUCUAUACUACUUUUAAAAUGUUCAGUAGUUUAGCUUAUGUACUGUUUUUUUAUGUAUUGUAAUGUAAUUCAGACCUCUUUAUCUAUUAGACAUUUAUUUUCCAUAUUGAUUAGCAAUUUUUAAACAAAUUUUAUCUUCUGUUUUAAGGGUUUCAGAUUUGAAUAAAUUAUUUAAUUGAAACUAUAGAACAGAUCUUGUAAACAAGGAUUGCUUUAUGAGCAAAGAUGACUAGUGGCUAGCAGUGGAAUCCAGGACGCGCGUUUCGUCCUAUUUGGGAAUCG